AUGUCCGCGCGGGAUUUGCAAUCCCAAUACGAUGCUCUCUGCGAAAACCUGACCAAGAAAUACUACGUCCUGAAGAAUCGAGACUAUGUUUUGCGGCACGUGGACCUACAUCAGUAUGAUACGGACGAUGAAGGAGAGUAUUUCCGAUUGAGAAAUGUUCAGGUGAGCAAAUAAAGAGGUUCAGCGAAAUUUAAACGGAAUGGGUUUGAAUUUUUGGUGGAAAUUUUGGGAAAUUCUGCAAUUUUGGUGGAUUUUUUGAUUUUUUCGCGAUUUUUUUGAAAAUUUAAGGUUAAAAUGGCGCAAUAUGUUGGUAUAAAGAAAGAUCAUGGCUUUUCAGACUAUGAGAAAAAAAAUCGAGCCAUAAUUUUUAGAUUUUUAGAAAGAAAAAUGCGAAUUUUUUGAGGUUUUUUGAAAAUUUUCGAAUUUUUCAGAUUUUUUUGAAUUUUCAAAAAAAUUGAUAAUAAAAUCUAAAUUUUUUGGCUGAAAAAUAUUCUGCAAGGUGUGUGGGAUAAUUUUGAGUAUUUUUAUCCAAGUUUCCAAUUAGAUUUUCCCCUAAAAAUUCGAAUUUUUCAGGAAAAGGUCGGCCAAAAAUGCGCCCAGUACACGCCCGGCCUAUGGCGCGGCCACACCACCUUCACACACCCGAUGAAGGGCCUCCCAGCCAAGCUCGGCGACGAAUACCCCCAACUGAAACACUCUCUGACCCAGGCGUACUGUAAAUUUAUUCAGAUCUUGGAGGAGAAUCCGGAGCUGACCAGAGGUCAUUUGGAGACCAGCGAUGAGGAAUUUAGGUGAGUUUGGGCGGUGGAAAUGUUUAUUAGAGAGGUGUUUUGUCUUUAUUUUGUUAUUUUGAAUUAUUUCCCGUCAAUAGAAAGAAGCUCCCUGAAUUUCAGGGUUUUCGUGGUGGGACCAAAAAACGGAAUUUUUAUGUGCGGUAAUGGUUUGAAACACGAUGGGUGUUACCAUUUGAGAUAUUAUUGAGCUAUUGAUCUAAUUUAUAUUAAAUUUGGAACUUUUUGAAAAAUCAGGUUUUCGUGGUGAGACCCAAAAGUUUUAAUUGUAAUGUCAGAGGAGCUUAAAAUACGCUGUUUUAUUCUUUAUUCUUGUUUUUGGUGUUGACAGAUAUAGUUUUUAUCGAAUUCAGACUUUUAUUGAAAAUUCAGGUUUUCGUGGUGAGACCCGAAAAUUUGAAAUUUCAAGUCAGAAAAGUUUAAAAUACGCCAUACUGUGAUUUUUGCCUGUUUUUAAAUUUACAAGAUAUAGUUUUUUGUCAAAUUUAGGCUUUGUUUGAGAAUUCAGGUUUUCGUGGUGAGACCCAAAAAUUUGAAUUAUCACGUCAGAAAACUUUAAAAUACGAUGAUUUUUGCCUGUUUUUGAAGUUACCAGAUAUAUUCUUUUGUCAAAUUUUCGGCUUAUUUGAAAAUUCACGUUUUCGUGGUGAGACCCAAAAAUUAAAAAUUUUGCUUAAAAAUGUGUUCAUCGCUCCUUUUGAUGGGUCUAAUUGCAUUUUCCGCCUUCCAGAAGCCUCCAUCUCUGCGAAGCGCCGGGGAAUUUCGUACGCGCUCUGGGCGACUACCUCCCAGAGCAAGAAUUCAACAAGUGGAUCUGGCGAAUGAACAGCCUCAACCCCUACCACGAAUCCACCGAUCUCCGCCAAAUCCUGUUCGACGACACGUUCAUGAUCCGAAACAUGCAAAACAUGGUGUUCGGCACCGACAACACCGGCAAUGUGACCAUGUUCACCGAGGAUUACGUGGGAAACAUGGUCGGAGAAACGGGGAAAUUCCACUUGGUGACGUGCGACGGGAGCUUUGAUUGUCAUGUAAGGAGUGGAAAAUAGGUUUGAGGACGUUUGGCGGAAGAAAAAUUUGAAUUCUUGGUUUCCCGCCAAAAUUUUAUUUUUUGGCAUUGUGUUGCAAGACCGUAAAAGGCCAUAAAAAUGGCGAAAAAAUUGUGCAGUAAAGCUCUAUAGGGCUCCAGAGAGAUUUUAGCAAGUUUUUAAGGCUUGAAACAGAAUGCCAACAAAUCAGAAUUUCCCGUCGGGACUCAGAUUUUGAGGCGUAAAACUGCGAAAUUAGUACGGAAAGAUGACCAAAUAAACAUUUGGAUUGUAUUUUUUUACUUUUUUGAAAUUUUUUCAACGUUUUCGUGGCAGGACCAAGCCUCAAACCAAAAUUCGAAAUUUUGAAUUACAGUAAGGCUUCAUUGUGCAUGAUGUUUUAGGAUGUCCCCGGAGAGCAAGAACGCAUCACAUACACUCUGUUCAACCAGUGCUGGCGGGCGGCGAGCAAGUGCAUACAGCGGAACGGCUGUUUUGUCAUGAAGAUCUACACCUUCUUCUCAGACGAAAUGCAAAGCCUCCUCACGCAAAUCAGCAGCUGUUUUCAGCGAGUUGUGUUCCAGAAACCGGCCUGCAGCAAGCCUGGGAAUUCCGAGGUACGAGUUUUGGGAUGUUUGAGCGAAAUUUUUUGGGUUACGGUGGGAUUGAAAAGUUGCGAUUUUUGAUUACUGUAAUGUUUUUUAAUACUAAAAAAGUUCAUCCUAGAGAGUUUUUGGGCUGCCAAGGCUAUUUUUGAAUUCUAUUUUAUCUUUUUGGGUUACGGUAGGAUUACGGUAGAAUUUAAAAUUUCGAAUUUCUGGUUACUGUAACGGGGAAAUUGGAAGUUACGGAGAUUCUAAACGUAUAUUAGACGAUUCUAGAUGACAAUGACUGUUUGUUUUUCAGAUAUAUCUGAUUUGCAUCGGGUUUGAUGACAACUUGGUCAACAACAAUAUUGAUGCCGCAGCCCAUGUAAUCCCGGUAAGAUCUUGAAAAUUUUGGCUUUUUAUACAGUAUAGAGCGUAAAAAGUAAUGCGGAUUUGAUUUUACUGCAUAAUUCGAUAACGUUUUGUGGUUUCAGGCCCUCAAAAGCGCGGCCAAUUUCUUCUCCGCCCACCAACGGGAAAUGAUCCAGUUCAACCUGAAAUCCUACGCCAAAUUGAACCCCCGAGAAAGGGUAGGUGCAGAAUUUCAUGUUGUUUUAAAAUACGCAUUGGUUUGGUUUGAUUUCUUUAGCAAAGAGGUUUUAUAACGAAAAAUUUUGAGAAUUUUGACAAAUUUUUUAAAAUUUCCAUUUUUUCCCCGUAAUUUUUUCGAUUCCAGAUAGCGUUGGUGAUCAAGAAAACGAACUUGGUCCUGGAGGAAAUGAACAAGCAUUUCGGGUUUUUGGCCAAAGCCGAGGAACGCCGCUCCCGCACCGAACUUUACCCUAAGCUGGAGCUGAACCCGUGGCUCAGGUCGGCGUGGGCUGGAGUUCACACCAAAGACCAUGCAACGGAAGACUAUUUGUACAAGGUAAGGGCUUACGAAACGCUUCUGACGGUUUUAAAAUUGGAAAUUUGGAUUUUGAACAAGUUUUGGAAACGGCAGCUCGCGCCCGAGGUUUUGAUGGAAAAUGGCGAUAUUUGGCGGAAAACCCGUAGAAAUGACGUUAAUAGACUUGGGAAAGGCUGAAAAUAAGAUUUUUUUGCUGAUUUAUAAGUAAAUUCAAAUUUUUGGGUCCCAACACGAAAACAUUGAAUAUCAGGGAAACUCAAAAAAUCGCUGGAAAAAAGUCAAAAUACCACAUUUUGAAGAUUGUAAAGCAUGAAUAAUGGAGUUUUUCGGCUUUUCAGAUCUCAACAACAAAAAAUUUCCCGGUUACCGUAACCCUGGAGUCGGAUCCCUUCCCCACGCUGGAGAAGCUCUAUCAAGCCGUCCCCCGGAUCGACUGUCUUUCUCGACAUCCAUUUGUCACCGCUUCCCAUCACUGUGCCCGCACCGUUUUCCCCGACAGAUCACCGGCCCUCCAGGCGACAAUGUUCGCGGACUGCAAACUGCUACAGUAUGCCAGGGAGAUAAAUUUGGUAAGAAAUUUUACUCUUAGGUGGUUUGAAAUUUUCGACACAAUGUCUAUGCGACAUUUUCAGCCCUACUUCGACCUAUGUUGCGAGAAUCCGCAGGCAUUCCGUAGGCUUCGACAUGAGCUGGUCCAAGAAUGCGAUGGUGUAUAUGUGGACAGCCCGUUUAUGUGCAAAAAUGCGUGGCUGGAGUUGUGUACGGUGGUGGUAAGUCGUAUACGAUAAUUUUGAGCGAAGUGUAAUUGAGGAAAAUUGAGUUUUGAGCGAUUUUUGAAAUGGCAGCUCGCGCCCGAGGUUUGGGUCGAAAGUUGUUAGAAACGUCCGGAAAUUGAGUCAACUGAAGGUAAUAGGCCGCUGAGGUUGUUGUGGCAAUAUUUUUGAUGGAUUUGGGGAUUUAUUUUUGGACUUUUGGGUCCCACCACGAAAACCCUGAAUGUCAGGAAAUGUCUAAAUUUUGUGAAAAUUAUUGUGAAAAUGUGUUUUUUGGACACUGAAAAUGGCGCUGAGCCUAUUUCAGGCCUAUGGAUCCCCGGCCGGCUGUCAUUAUCCCCGCCGAAACCAUCUCGUCCAACUGAUCGACGAUGAACAUCCCCAUCUCAUCGACCGGGUCCACAUCUACCUAACAUACGGUGAACAAAUGAUCCUCACACGGUUCGCGGCCUCGGUGAUAUUUUUCUUGGCCGAAUUCUUCGAGAAAGUCGCAUUUGACAAGAAAGGAGUCCACUUUUUACAUCGGGUAAGUCUAAAAUAAGGUGAAUCAAGGUGGAAAAAUGGGCAGGGUUGGAAAGAAAUGCGUGAAAAGACUGAUGUUGGGGAGUACAAUUAGUGUUAAUUAGAAAUUUUCCUUUUUUGGAAGAUUUGUGAAAUUUUGAAUUUUUUUGGGUAUCGCCACGAAAAGCUGAAAGUUAAAAAAAAAGGUAGUUAAAUUGUGGAGAAAUGUUGUAUAAAUGAAGAAAUAAUCGUAGACGACGUAUUUUACCCAUUUUUUCAAUAAAUUUCUUGGGUUUUGAGUCCCGCCACGAAAACCCUGAAUUUCAGGGAAGGUUGAAUUUUUGGCAGAAAAUGACUGAAAAUGAUAAAUAGAACAGUCACACGAAGAUUUACACCGUAUUUUAAAUAUCUUUGGCACUUUUUAAUUUGAAAAAACCCUCUGAAAAAUUGGAAUUUUGAGAUUUUUUGGAAAUUGCUUUCGAGUUUUAGAAGCACAUCUCGCCCGAACUCUCAAAUUACAUCAACCAGGUGGCGGUUGGGCUUCCCGACUCCUACGAUCUCCUCCAAUUCGUGCCUUCUAUCCUUUUCGCUGCGCCCAAACUCCAUCAACACCUGCUCGAUUACAAUAACAGCUCGCUGUUGCAUUCCAUCGAGAAGAUUGAAUACAAAUCUUGCGAGUAG